CAUUCCCACCUGGCUCCUCCUCUUUGCUGGUGCUGGAAGGAGCAUGGGGAAAGUGGUGUCUCCACCCUCCCUUGGCCCCAGCUUUCUCAGAACUGGUAUCAUUGAUGACACCCCUCUUGGAUCCUCCCGCAGCCCUGCCCGGAGAACAGUCCACAGCCCAGUGCCCUCCCAGCAGAUGAUGAGUCUGGGCUGCUGGUUAGGUAAUGCUUCGGGAAUGACGGCAGAAAAAGGAGGUCUGUCUUCUGCUCUGAAAGACGGGAGACGGCAGGGCCCCAGUAUUCACAUCCUGGGCUACAGGGCUGUGGGUUUUCAAUGUUGGUUGCCAACACCACAGCCAACCACUUCUAGAAGCGUUUGCUUGUUUCCUUGCUUGUGUUUCUACAGCGUCAAGUGCUAGAUGCUCUUAAACUCAGCGGGGGAUGAUUUCAGUGCCCGUGAGGAUGUUCUUUCCUGCUCUCACCUUUGGGGGCAUCUGAUGCUUGUGACCUCCAGAUGGGCAUCUUUCCGCGUGACCUGUUCUGAGUUCCAAAGCUGGGGAAGAGAUUCAAACCUUCAAGAGUUCUUACAACUUUCAGGUACUCUGAUGAUUUCAGGGCAUAGACGAAGCGCUUGUGGUCCGUGUCUGUCCCCGGGAUUUCUGUUUCUUGGUUUGUAUCUCUGCUGCAGGUCCAAGGAGCUGGGCAAUACCUCGAGUCUGGGUUCUUCCUCCCCAGGGACCUGGGGGAGCCCCCAAGACUCAGGGAAAGGGGAGAGCAAAGUGUGGGGUUGGUUCCCUCUAGUGGUCAGUGUUAGCACUGCAUCCAGCUGCCUCAGACGGGCCCGGAAGGAAUCAGCAAAAGUGCAAUUGAAGACUGAAUGGUGCCCAGAACCCCCACAAUCUAUUGCCUGCGCUUGGGCCCUUUUCCCAACACACACAUUCUCUCUGCUGUGUGGAGGGGAAACAUGGGGGGAGGAGGAAAGGGAUAGGAUAGAGAGUGGGAUGGGGUCUGUAGGGGUCUCAAGGACUGGCUAUCCUGACAUCCUUCCCCACGUUCAGGUUGGCCACCAUGGUGUGCUGCCAGAGGACACCCACAUGACCCUUAAAGAGAGGACAAGUUGGGUGGUAUCGCUGGCUGACCCUCUGCACAACCCUCACAAUGUUGGUGACGGUGGGAAGGGAAACAUGACAAGCCAGGGGGCAUGAUCCCAGCAUGUGUGGGAGGAGUUUCUAAAUUAGCCACUAGCACAGGCAUGUCAGUGGCCCCAUGCGUAAACGUACAGAGAAAUAGGUGGGGUCAAGCAGCAAGAGAUAAGGGGCCAGGGUAUAAAAAGGGCCCACAAGAGACCAGCUCCAGGAUCCCAAGGCCCAACUCCCCGAACCACUCAGGGUCCUGUGGACAGCCCACCUAGCUGCAAUGGCUGCAGGCUCCCGGACAUCCCUGCUCCUGGUUUUUGCCCUCCUCUGCCUGCCUUGGCUUCAAGAGGCUGGUAGGGUCCCAAGCGUACCCUUAUCCAGGCUUUUUGACAACAUUAUGAUCCAAGCCCAUCGCCUGCACCAACUGGCCUUUGACACCUACCAGGAGUUUGAAAAAACCUACAUCCCAAAGGAAAAGAAGCAUUCGCUCAUGGAGAACCCCCAGGCCUCCUUCUGCUUCUCAGAGUCUAUUCCCACACCCUCCAACAGGGAGGAAACGCAGCAGAAAUCCAACCUAGAGCUGCUCCGCAUCUCCCUGCUUCUCAUCCAGUCGUGGCUGGAGCCCGUGCAGUUACUUGGGAGUGUGUUUGCCAACAACCUGGUGUAUGGCACCUCGGAGAGCGACGUCUAUGACCUCCUAAAGAACCUAGAGGAAGGCAUCCAAACGUUGAUGCGGAGGCUGCAAGAUGGCAGCCCCCGGACUGGGCAGAUCUUCAAGCAGACCUACAGCACAUUUGACACAGACUCACAGAACGAUGACACACUGCUCAAGAACUAUGGGCUGCUCCACUGCUUCAGGAAGGACAUGGACAUGGUCGAGACAUUCCUGCACAUGGUGCAGUGCCGCGCUGUGGAGGGCAGCUGUGGCUUCUAG